GUUGGAUGUCCUCAGCCUUGCAAGCCGGUUAAGACCUCGCAGGUCGGUCUUGGGGGACCACCCGAGCUGUCCGGCAUUCCGAGCACCCGAGUGGAUUUCGGCCGGAAAGACCGGAGCGAUGUUCCACCGACUGCGCUGACUGCGCUGAAGAAUUCCUGGAAUGGCUGCCAUGUUGGGCUGCCAUGGCUAAAAUGAAGCGGCAAGGCACUUGCGAGAGGGAGAGAGAGAGCACAGGAUGUCCUGCCUUGAGGAACAGCUGAAGGGACUAAGUCACAUGGAGUGCUCAAGUGUCCAACGAUUCAGGGCACCAAGUGGCGCGAGUGGAUUGAUGUUUUUUGUUAUACUUUUGUUCCCAGACCAACAGGAACCCACGCUGGGUACGACAAAGAGGUUCACAUGCAGGGUGAAGUACAAAGAACAUGUGCAGGCUGGGCUGGACAAGUGCGCAGAAGUACGCAUCUAUUUAAAGGCAUGGGAUGCAUGGCUUUCAGUUCAGCAGAAACGCUCCGAUAUGUUUCGGUUGGUGGUGGUGGUGAAGCCACCGACGGUAAUGAUAUUGAUGGAGCACCAAUGGGGAGAUGUUCUUCCAAUUUGAUCUUCACAUAUUUUCACCCAAUCGCACGCCUUCAUCGAGCUUUGGUUUAGUGCGACUUCGACAAUCCUCAACUUGGGUCCAGCAAGUGAUUUGUUCAAACCUUUUCAGACGGACGGGCCGUCUCAGGGCGACGGACGGGCCUCGGGCGACGCACCGACCUCGGGCCUCGGCCUCGGUGCAGCUCUUUUUUCAAGCGCAGCGCCGCGCGGCGGACGGGCCUCGGUGCCUCUUCCGGCGCGAUGCCGGAGGGCGAAGUGCGUGGCAUGGAAUACCUCUCCGUGCCUUGUGGCAGCAUCAUGGGGAUUCCGAUCCGACUACACGUCUUCUUGCCCUUGGUGGCUCUUCUCGCUGGCAUCAGCACCAUGUUGGCAGGGCACCCCUGGCAAUCAGUGAUCUUGGCGGUUGUGGUGGCAGGGCCAUUACUCUUGAUCACAGUCUUGCUCCACGAGCUGGGGCACGUGUGGGCGGCCAAGCGCGUGGGCUGCUCGGCGGACCACAUCCUCCUGUGGCCUUUGGGCGGCUUAGCCUUCAUCGGCGGCUCCGUGAAGCCCAAGGAGCAGAUCUUCAUCUCGGGCUCUGGCCCUGCCACCCAUGUGCCCAUGCUGGGCCUUUGGGCAGCCGUGCUGGCGCUCCUGCAUGGGUCCGUGACCUUAUCGACGCAGGGCCUUUGGAUUGACCAAGAUUUCGGCAGUUUGGUGUGCAUUGCCAUGUUGAAUACCAACCUGGCGAUGUUGCUCUUCAACCUACUGGUGCCCUGCUUCCCCUUGGACUGCUCGCGGAUCUUGGCGAGUUUGCUGCUGCUGCAAGGCAUGGAGCCGUCCACGGCAGCCAAGGUCAUUGUCGCUUGCUCGGUGCUGGCGUUGCUGGCGGUCUUAGCGAUCAGCGCUUGGUCGGUCAUUAGCCAUCAUUCUUCUUCCUCAUUGAAUUUGCUGGUGGCUAUCUGGCUGGGUGCGCAAACGUGGCGGCUCCACCAGGCGAGAGUCCAUGGACAACUGGCCUCCGAUCCACUCUUCGCAGCGGCGAUGGCGGGUCAGGCUGCCAACACCGGGAGCGGCCAGACGAUUGGGUCGGCGGGCGCGGCAGCCGCGGGAAUUCCCGCGAGCCGCUUCCGGAGUUUCCAGGAGGGGCCCACAGCUAUGGGAAAGCCGGCACAUCCGCCCAGCGGUCAGGUGGGCUUGGCCGCCACUUUAGCCUUGGCCAUUGCCCUUUGGGUCGCAAGGGCCGAUCACAGCCUGAAUGACUCAUGAUGGCCUGGCCAUGCCGAGAAUCCGACGUCCAGAUGCGCCAAAGUCCGACAUGUUGGCAGGUA